GAUCGGAUCAUGUGCACAUGCACCUAAGGAGGACGCAGUUACACAUUAAAUCUGCGAACUUGGAAGAUUCUUGUCAGAACAAACCUUGUGUCGACAAGCCCAGAACUCUACACAUUCUGCUGCUGAGGAGGGCUGUGGGAUACAAGCACUGUGAGAAGUGGUCAGGAUCCGUCAUGGCUUUUAAUGGACUCUGGAAAGUCUACAAGAGUGAGAACCUGGACGAGUUCCUCCAAGGCAUGGGUUCUAAUGUUCCCGGAAAGGUCCUUGAAGGGGACAAUCUGCAGCUGGAGAUCAAGCAAGAUGGAAAGAAGUUUACUGUCAUUGAGAAAAGUACCUUUCGAAGCAAGGAAUCAACAUGGAUUUUGGAUGAGGAAUUUACCAGUACUCUUGCUGACGGAAGUGAAGUGAAGGGAAGGUUCUUCUUGGAAAGCCCCAAUCGCCUGGUCGGCCGGUUUAAGAAAUGUUCCGAUGGGAAGGAGUUUGUGACAAUCAGAGAGGUGAAGGAGGGUGAGCUGCAACAGACAAUGCAGAUUGAUGGUGCAGAGGGUCGUAGAUACUUCAAAAAGCAGUGAAACAGGAUCGAAGGCGUUUGCACCAACUUUGAGGGAUUGUGAAUUGCAAUGAUAUCAGUACAUCACCUGGCUUGGUUCAGGGAGGUGCAGAAACAGCAAUGUAUUAAUCUGAUAAUAGGCUGAAUCAUGGUUUGCUUUUUAUUGACUCACAUUGGUGGUCAGUGGGAAUGCUACACAGUUACUAUCCUGCAGCAAAACCAUCAGCAACCAGCUUUCUGGUGACAUAAUAAAGAAUGUAAAAUAUAA